AUGAAGCUCGCUUUUCCCUUAUUCUCAGCUGCUCUUGCCCUUGGAACAAUAAGUUCAGAAGACACCUCUCAAAUCACCGAAGAAACUCGAAUCUGGACUCCAGAUACAACCGCUCGAAUCGAAUUCAAUCUCGUCGAAGGUGCCCUCACCGAAUCUUGGUCGAUCCCAGUCGAUGGGGAGGGAAACUACUUGCCGAACCAGUACUACCGAGUUUACGUCACAGCUCCAGAAGGCUACUCAAUCCGCGCUCGAAUCGCUGACAACGUCGACAUCGAGGAUGCCGGACUUGGCGGUGUGUGUGAUCAAGACGCUGCGAUUUUCUACAACGGUCCCGAUGGAAAUUUCGAGCUUGCCCGCCUCUGCGGCGCGAUUGCGAACCCCAUGGAUGUUGUUGGGACCAGAUCCGACAUGACACUCGUUUUCAAGUCGAACGAAAAUGUGAUCGUCAAAACUGGAAUGAGCGUUACUUUCACAGCGUUUUCGGAGCCGCCAAAUAAUCUCGCUUGGAACUCGGUUCAGAACGCGUUUGAGGAUAUCAAGAGCUUGGUGUUUGAUGGACAUGAUCAUAAAAGAGAUCAUAUUCAAGAUCGAAAGGCGAAGCACUUCCAAAACAUCUUCUCCCGCUUCACCUGGAUGGGCGAGCACAACAAAAUGCCCGGCGAUUGCUCUGUAAUGGCGGACGUAGGAGAAGAAGCAGACUUUGUACCCCCAGUCGUCGAUGAAAAUGCACCAUGUGAUACGAUUGCAAAUUUUGUUGCCGCUCUUAGAAGCUUCCACUACACCUAUGUCUGCAUGGACGGAAUCGACACCAGCGUCAAUAAACGAAUGAUUCCAGCGAAGACCAAGGCAAUGCUCAAGAGGCAAGAAGAUUUUCUUACCAAUCAGAAGUUUCAUGCGAUGGGCUGCCUUUUGGCGCCAUAA